AUGGACUCCGAAAACGAAUUUUUAAAAGAAUUCCUAUGUUGCUAUGAAAUGCAACGAUGUAUCUGGGACAUAACCAGUCCAGAGUAUCUGUCACGCGACUUUAAAAUGAAAUCGUUUGGAGAACUGCUACAUAAAUUGAAACAGAAACUUCUGGAGCGGACAAUAUUUACCAGGCGAAGAUUUGGUGGUUUGAGUCGUGCAAAGCUGCAAUGGCCCAAGAACAAGAAACAUGUCAACAAUGGCUAUCGCCUGGAGAAACAAAUGCGCUACAGCUGUACCAAGAAAAUACGUCUGCAAUGGGCCAAGAACAAGAAACAUGUCAACAAUGGCUAUCGCCUGGAGAAACAAAUGCGCUACAGCCGUACCAAGAAAAUGCCUUUGGAAUUCACCGCUGCCGAUCGUAUCUACUUCGAUAAGUCCAUCAAUUUGGCUGCCGAAGAGGGGCGCAUGGAAAUCAAUAACUGGAUUGCCAAUGUAACACGCAACGAAAUCCCCGAAAUGUUAAAUCCCUGUGAUGUUACCUCCGACAGUCAAAUGGUUUUAGCUAAUGCUGCCUAUUUCAAGGUUCAAUGGUCGGAUAAAUUCGAUGCCAAAGAUACAAAACAGGAGAUUUUCUUUAUGUGUUGUAAAAAUGUCAAAUAA